UCGCCCUCUUCGGUGGGACGCUUGUGAUGAUUUUCGAGGAGAGUGACAAGUCCUCUGCUCGAUGAGCUCUGUCGUUGGCGCGCCGCCAUUUUGAAUCCAAUCACUUGUACGGAGUUCCCGAAGCGCUCACCCAUUAGAGGGUACGAAGAGAGGAGAAUACAACAAGACAACUAGGUGUAGCAGCAGGCGUUGCUGGAUCAUCGCCGCUAAAGCCGAAAAGAUUUGAGUGAGACUGUUUCAUUUACGCGCUGGAUCAGCUGACAGUGGCCGUCGAGUCAUUUCGUGAGUCACAGAAGUUUUAGAAGCUCACAAAACCUCCACGCUUGGCACGCAUCGCGUGGACGACGACGAGCGCGUUCGAAAUGGUCUCCGGUUUCGUAGCUUGUGGGCCCAACGAGGCUCUCGUGGUAUCAGGAUGCUGUCAUUCACAUCCCUUGAUGGUGCCCGGUGGUCGGGUAUUCGUGUGGCCGCUCAUUCAGAGAGUUCAGCGCAUCUCGCUAAAUACUAUGACUCUCUCGAUCGAAUCGCACAAAGUGUACACGCAACAAGGAGUACCCAUAUCCGUCACAGGCAUCGCUCAGGUCAAAAUUCAAGGACAAAACGUCGAGAUGCUGCGGGCGGCCUGCGAGCAGUUUCUAGGCAAAAGCGAAGACGAAAUCAUGUCUAUCGCCAGGGAGACCCUGGAAGGUCAUCAGAGAGCCAUCAUGGGCACAAUGACGGUGGAGGAGAUAUACAAGGAUCGAAAGAAAUUCUCGAAGCAGGUCUUCGAGGUAGCAUCGUCGGAUCUGGUAAACAUGGGGAUCACAGUUGUGUCUUACACUAUAAAGGAUAUCAGCGAUGAAGAAGGAUACCUCCGAGCUCUCGGCCAAGCGAGAACGGCGGAAGUCAAGAGAGACGCCCGUAUCGGAGAAGCCGAGGCGAAGAGGGAUGCACAAAUAAAGGAAGCUCUGGCCGAGGAAGAGCGUUUAGCUUCCAAAUAUCUCAACGAGACCGAAGUCGCCAAGGCGAAACGAGACUUCGAACUGAAGAAAGCUCUGUAUGAUCAAGAAGUCUUCACGAAAAAGGCGGAUUCCGAGCUAGCGUACAGCCUGCAGGAAGCUAAAACGCGUCAACGUAUCAAGGAGGAACAGAUGCAGGUCAAAGUCGUCGAGAGGACUCAAGCCAUUCAAGUACAAGAGCAGGAAAUUUUGAGGAAAGAGAAGGAGCUCGAAGCCACUGUUCGCAGGCCCGCUGAGGCCGAGAAGUACAGACUCGAAAAACUCGCUGAAGCAAACAAGAAUCGAGUCGUGCUGGAAGCCGAAGCUGAAGCCGAGGCAAUCAGGCUGAAGGGAGAAGCCGAAGCCUUCGCGAUAGAAUCGAAGGCGAAGGCUGAGGCAGCGCAGCUGGUAAAGAAGGCGGACGCCUUCCGUGAGUACAAAGAUGCAGCCAUUCUGGACAUGAUGCUUGAGACGCUGCCCAAAGUUGCGGCUGAAGUGGCUGCACCCAUAUCCCAAGUCAACCGAGUGGUCAUGGUCUCAGGGAACAAGGGAGAAGUUGGUGCUUCGAAACUCACAGGCGAAGUUAUCGAUAUCAUAACGAAGACUACAACCAUGGUUCAUCAAUUGACCGGAGUGAACAUUGGUGCCCAGAGACCUCCAACAUUCAUCUCAGCGCCAGCUAGCAGCCAGUUGAAGACAAACCAGGCCGCCAUGUAA